AAUCUCCACCCUCUGUCUCCUGUCAAGCCAAUUUUGUAUCAAACUGGCAAGCUCACCCUGAAUCCCAUGUGAUAUAACUUCACUAAUUAGUCAACCAUGCCAAAGGCUUUAUUGAAGCUCACGUAAACAACAUCAGAGGUCACACGACAACAGGUUUAUCUGAAACCACAUGCUUUCAGAGCACUGCUCCUUCAUAGGGUGACUUCAUCUGAUGAAGGAACAGUGCCCUGAAAACUCUCAAUUUCAAAUGAACCUAUUGGACUAUAACCUGGUCUUCUGUGACUUCCGACUUUGCACAUCCAAGUCCAACACCAGCACCUCCACAUUACAUUAUCAACGUCUUCCGCACUGCCCUCAUCAACUUUUUUUGAAGGCAAGGAAGUUGUAAAUCUGUGGGGAAAGAGCGGGGGAGCAGUGUAACUAAUCGAUGAGAUCUUUCAAAGUGCCAACAAAGACAUAAUUGGCUGAAUCACCUCCUGUGCCAUAAUACUGUAGAUUAUCAUUGACUUAACUUUCAGGACUAGGUGAGUCACUGGGCAAUGUUUUAAAUCAACAAUAGCAUCAGAAGACAAUUCCAGCAUGCAAAAUUCAAACACUCUAGCCUUUCAUCACUGAAUUGAUUAAACAUUCAUUAAAGGUGCAGUCUAAUCAGCUCAUGACAUAACUUCCUCUUCCUGUGAUGUAACUUCCUACUAUGAGUUGAGCUGUGUGUAUGCUGGAUGACGAAAUAAUUACCCUAGUCAGUGUUUAUUCAUUUCAAUGCUUGACAUUUGGAUCUGUUAAAUUCCUGCUUCCUCAGCAGAGAACUAAAAGGAGGAGCUCUAGAAGAUUGGUGCACAGAAUCCUCUAAUAAAGACUGCUGUAGUGAAAUUUCCAUACUGGCAUUUGGAAGUUUCAGGUUUACAACUGAAGUAGCAGCUAAUGAUCUGCUGAAAACAGAUUUCUUUGUAUACCUUUCAAACAAGUGAGAGUGGAGGAGAGACAGUGGGGAAAGGGAAGUGGGCCAGUUAAUGGUGAAGGAAGAGUCUGAGUUAGCAGAGAGUGGAAGCAGGAGACGACACUCAAACAAACUCUCUGUUCUUGCUGCAAGUGUUGGGAGUGAUGUCUGUAGUCAAGAGUGACUCUGUGGGAUGGCUACUGGAUCACCAAGCCUACAUCAACCAGUUGUACAGAUGCUGCCAUCACAUUCCACCUGAUACCCGAUGCUGUCGAUACAUUUUCAAGGCAGCAUAUUUUGACAUUGAGAAGCCCCACAUUGCUGACACAGAACCAAAAGAUCAGGAGCCAGUGGGUGGAGACUCAAGACCAAAAGGCAGAAAGCGCAAGAGGAAAAGUCAUGCACUGAACCAAGGAGAGAUAGAAGCAGAGGAAUACCAUAAACAGGUCAGCCUGGCUAUUUGGAGUGGCACUAGAAAGCUGAUAGAACAAAGCAAGGACUUUAAGGAGCAAGGCAUAGUCUCAAGGAUACCAGCUGGAAGAGAAUGCAUUAAGAGACAAAUCACUCCAGUGGUUGCUGACUCUAUGUUGGUGGAGCUUUGCUCAAUGGCAAAGCAGAUGACACAGGAGCAGUACCAGUCUGUGCAGGUAAUAAGCAAUGAGGCAGAUUCCACAACAAACCUGAAUCUGCUCGGCCACCUGACUGAGAAUAGCACAGACUGUGCCAGAAUUGUGAUGUUGAUGGGGCAGAGGUACUUACUGCCACCACACUCUAGCUUCCUCCUGUCAGACAUCUCCUGCAUGGAACCCCUCUUGGGCUACAAAAAAUAUGACGUGAUUACUUUGGACCCACCCUGGGAAAAUAAGUCAGUCAAGAGAAGCAAAGGCUACAGUCACCUCUUCCCUUGGCAGAUCCAACAGAUUCCUGUGCCAGCACUCUCAGCUCCAGGCUGCCUGGUGGUGAGCUGGGUCACCAAUCGGCAAAGACACCUGCGCUUUGUCAAGGAAGAGUUAUACCCUAGCUGGUCCGUUGACGUAGUUGCAGAGUGGCACUGGGUGAAGAUAACCCAGCACGGAGAGUUUGUGGUCCCUUUAGACUCCACCCACAAGAAACCCUAUGAGAUCCUGGUUCUAGGCAGGUAUAAAGGAAGCCCAGAAAAACAAAAUGGAGAACAUGUCACAGAAACAGUCCCAGUGCCUGACCACAAGCUGCUGGUCAGUGUUCCCUGUCUCCUUCAUUCCCACAAGCCGCCAUUAGGGGAGGCACUGAAAGGAUUGACUAGACCAAACCCUGAAUGCCUGGAGCUGUUUGCCCGAAAUCUGCAGCCCGGAUGGACCAGCUGGGGGAAUGAGGUACUUCGAUUUCAACAUUUGGACUACUUCCAGGAGUUCAACAUAGGAGGAGAUAGUGACUGCUGUAUUCUCAGACAGUCAUCUGCACACGUCAUUUCUCCCUCUUGUUAACAGCAUCUGUGUUAUCACUGUGGGUUCUUGCAAAGAAUGAAAUGGGGGAUGUGGCGGGGGGGGCGCGGUGUGCUGGCACUUCUUGCUAGGAGAUAAAAUAUUAAUUUUAAAUUUACAUUGAUGGAUAAUGGAAAAACAAUAAAUAAAAAUACUUUUAAAAAUUGA